CUCCAACCCUCCCUCCUUUCUGUCUCAGAUCAGGUCCAGGAGGAGAUCAGCAGGGUUAUAGGAAGUCGUCAAACCUUGGUAGAGGACAGGAAGAACCUGCCCUACACUGAUGCAGUGAUCCAUGAGACCCAGAGACUGGCCAGCAUUACACCCAUGGCCGUCCCUCACACCACCAGCCGAGAUGUCACCUUCCAGGGAUAUUUCAUCAAAAAGGGGACGUCUGUGAUUCCUCUACUGACGUCGGUCCUACAGGAUGAUAGCGAAUGGGAGAGCCCCCACACCUUUAACCCCUCACACUUUCUGGAUGAGCAGGGAGGAUUUGUCAAGAGGGACGCCUUCAUGGCCUUCUCUGCAGGUCGUAGGGUGUGUCUGGGGGAGGGUCUGGCCAGGAUGGAGCUCUUCUUCUUCUUCACCUCCCUCCUGCAGCGCUUUCGUUUCUCUCCUCCUCCUGGAGUAACAGAGGAUGAUCUGGAUCUCACACCAUUACCGGGGUUCACCCUCCACCCUUCACCUCACCAGCUGUGUGCUGUGAGCCGGGUCUGAGAUUUGAACAUGAAAAUAUUGGUGGGGCAAAAACUCAAUCAAAAAAGCUAAAAUGCAUCAAAAUCACUACACAUUAAAUGUACAAUUAUAAAACAUUAUCCUAGAAAUGAGCUUGCGCGACACACAAACAUUAUUAUAUUUAGUUUAUGAUCGGUUCAUAGGCUACUUCCAAUAUCUUUUACAUUUAAUUACACUGAAGACUACGGUAGUGGAACAUAUUUUUAUAGAGUGAGGUCUAUUUUACUUCAUUUUCAUCAUCGGUCUGCAGUAUUGCUAAAUUGCAAGUAUUGCUAAGAGUAUUGGGACGCAGUCCAACACGUUCUGAGGGUAGUUGCAUCCGCCUGUCUGUUAAUAAGAUAUUCCUGUUAAGAAUAAAGCAACAAAGUUUAUAAAGCUUC